GUCCUCUCUUCAACGUGCCAGGCUCAUAACUCAUCUGAACAAAAAACUUAAAAGGAUUACCUGUGGUUUAGGGAGAAAAGGAAAAAAGGGCGAAAGAAAAGAAUAGCCUUUGUGUUUGCCUUAGCUACCAGCAGCUGUAAGAUUCCUUCAAAACUUAUAGGCUACCUGCGGACAAGGAACUGCCUGCAUCUGAUAAGGGAUCUAUUCUACAUAAGAGGAGGGGGUGUUGAGAAAAGUCGAGAGAAAUCGAGUUUGUGUCUGUGUUUGAGCGAGAGAAAGAGAAAGAGAGAGAGAGAGAGAGGGAGGGGAAAAGGUCAGGACACAGGGGGUAUAUCCACUGCGAGAAAUAUCAGAAGGUUGCAGACGUAACGGAAUUGGCAGAGGCGAGGAGACAUAGCCUAUUACUUGUGAUAAAAUACACUUCUUCCCCACAACUUCUUCACCACCUCAAUUUAAAGGAGUACUUUGGGAAUUGAAUUGGUCGCAUUUUCACAAGAAAAUAUUUUGGAUACUUAAGAUAGUAGUUUUUUUGAAGCUCAGAUAUUGUAGGCUGUAGGUUGCACUUUGGAUCGUGCGUAAUUUUCCUCGAGAGCUACCAUCAGGAUGCGCGUCUGCCCGCUCUUGCUCCUUCUCUGCCUCCUUUGCUCCGGGUGCGCUCAAAAGUUCUCGGCUCUUACGUUUCUGCGGGUGGAGCAGGAUAAAGAAUGCAACAUGGAGUGUUCUGGCGCUCCCAGGAAGCCCCUGUGCGCGUCUGAUGGCAGGACCUUCUCAUCGCGCUGCGAGUUCCUCCGUGCCAAGUGCCGCGACCCACAGCUGGAGGUCAUUCGAGGGCCAUGCAAAGAUACCUCUAGAUGCGUGGCAGAGAAGAAGUACACAGAGCAGCAGGCCAAGAAGCUCUUCCCCCAGGUGUUUGUACCUGUCUGCAACCCAGAUGGAACAUACAGUGAGGUCCAGUGCCAUAGUUACACAGGGUACUGCUGGUGCGUCAAUCCCAAUGGCCGUCCUAUCAGUGGUUCUGCAGUGGCCAAUAAGAAGCCCCGAUGCCAAGGGUCGAAACAUGAGCGAGCUAGCACAAGAGAACCGGGAAAAGCAGUUUCCCUGCAAAUCUUUUCCAUUCUCAACGCAGAUGAGUCAGCUGGCCUAGUGGUGGAGCCACAAUCCCAGCCAGAUGAGGAAGAUAUAAUUUCUCAGUAUCCCACCCUUUGGACAGAGCAAGUUCGCAGCCGGCAGAACAACCGGACUAGAACACAAUCCUCAUCGUGUGACCAGGAGCAGCAGACGGCCCAGGAGGAAGCGCGGCAGCACAAGAACGAGGCGGUGUUCGUGCCCGACUGUGCCCAAGGGGGCCUCUACAAGCCCGUCCAGUGCCACCCAUCCACCGGGUACUGCUGGUGCGUGCUGGUGGACACGGGUAGGCCUAUCCCUGGCACCUCCACCAGUGUACAUCCGGAAGCUUCCAAGUGUGCAGACGCAAGUACAUACCAGCGCACAUGCAGAUAUGAGCAACCAAAAUGUGAUGGCAACGCCAGGGCCCAUCCAACCAAACCAAAGGACCAUUACAGGAGCAGACAUCUUCAAGGAUGUCCUGGGGCAAAGAAAACAGAGUUUUUGACGAGUGUUCUUGACGCGCUGUCAACCGACAUGGUGCAUGCUGUCACAGAUCCAGCAUCUGCCGCCAGGAUGUUAGAGCCAGACCCAAGUCACACACUGGAGGAGAGAGUGGUUCAUUGGUACUUCAGUCAGCUAGAUAAAAACUCCAGCGGAGACAUUGGCAAAAAGGAGAUCAAACCUUUCAAACGUUUCCUGCGCAAGAAAUCCAAGCCCAAGAAGUGUGUGAAGAAGUUUGUUGAGUACUGUGACAUCAGCAACGACAAGGCCCUGUCCCUGCAGGAGCUGAUGGGAUGCUUGGGCGUCACCAAGGAAGAAGGGACCAAACCAGCUGAAGGUACAUCUAGCAGUAAACUGGUCCUUAAUCCUGUGUCUGUUAGUGGUGGACAAGAUUUUACAAAGUAGAGGAGUAAGGGAUGUAGCGGGUGAAAAAAUCCAAACCUGAGGCUCAAAUGCAUACAGUUUAAAUGAAUUAGGCAUUCAAGCUGCAGACAAGCGUUCUCUGGUGAUGGUUUGAAAUGGACAGUGCAGAGUGAGGAAAAUGGUUAUAGUUUAUAGUACAGAUCGAAAAUAUAUAUUAUGCACUUUUUUUUGCAUCUGGCUCUUUUUGGCCAGCGAAAGCUGCUGCUUUUCAACCCAAGAUUUAGAUUUUUCCAUAAUUGUGAUGCUGUAAAUGGGUUCUUAUAAUGAAAAUUACAUUAUAAUGAAAAUUAUAAUGAACCAAUUACUUGCUGCUAUACGUUAUUGUAAUAUCGGAGCAGUGAAACAGUAAAAUACUGUGAAUACCACUGUAAGCAUAUUAAAAUAAAUAAUUAAUCCAUCACAAAUGAAUACAAGGGAGGUCCAAAAUGAUAUCAUAUCCAUGAUAAAUUAAUAUAAAAAAUGUUCACAGUAAAAUGAUUGGCACACCUAAAUACACCCCCACCCCACACUGCUCCUACAACCAUGUGGGUUAACACGCAAAGGUAUGGUCCUAACCUGACAACUUCCAUUGGCUCUUGUGCACUGCACUCAGUGUACUUACUGAACUAAAGUCUACUGUACAAAAAUCCCUUCUACUGUGCUCUACUGUGUGUACGACUCUGUGCUGUCCAAACUUGUGAGAAAGACGUCCGGUUCUGAACGAACAAAUGUGGUCUUGUUUGAGCAAGAAACUCAUUGGAAUAAUUCCCAGUAUACUUUACAAGCAUUCCUUUUUGGACUUUUGGGUUUUUUAGCAGUGGCUCUUAUCUAGAGAAACUUACAGUUGGAGCAUUUAACUGACAUAGAACAACCAAAUACAAGUAAAAGCAAAAUUAGCAUUUCUAUAAUCGUUACAGAGAAAUUGUAGUUUCUUUGGUUUCUCAGUAAACUUUGAAAAUGAUCACUACCAGUUCUAAAGCAUUUUAGAAAGAUAACAAAACAUUUACAAAUGAUACUUUUUAAUUUGCUUCUGUACAUUUUCCAAAGUAUAUAUCUUAGUAAUGUUUGUUCAAAAGGUGUCGUUAAACUUUCUCUUGCUAUUGUCAAUACAUUGCUUUUAAGUUGGCUAUUUGACGGAAACAAAAGAUUUGUUUGAAUUUUAUGAAAUGAUUAAUAAACUGGCUGAUUUGAAUUGUGUUGUGCCUAAAAACAGCUCUUAGCUGUGUUAAAUUGGCCAUAUACCCUUGCGCCUUUCUACUUACAUAAUCUCUGUCAUGCAACUCACGACACGAGACGAGAGUUGCAAGAAUGUCAGGGAAGCAGCAACCCAGGUAGUCGACGCCAAGAAUUUAGCUUAACGUUGCAACUGUUAAAAUAGUCAUUUUCCCACAUAAAUGAUGAGGUUCAUAUGAUGUUAACAUCCAAAGCAGAAGUGUAUUGUUAAAGGCUCUCUCCAUUUACACUGAAAAGGGGAAAACUUGUUUGGGACCUCUACUUGUUUGGGACCCUGCAGAGGCUGUGUAAAAACAGAAAGACUAAAAACAACAUGAUUUUGGAAUGAAACCAUGACAUUUUAUAUUAUCACAAUAGAAACUACCUAAACAAUGUUCAAUAUGCAUAUUUUGUGGUUUUAAAUAUGUUGUGAAAACUUCACUGAAUGUAAAAGACAAAACACACAAAAAAUCUGAUCAGGCUUAUUAUCUCAAUCAUUCUGAAAUGUCCUUGUCUCAACGUCAACACCUGUCUAAAUGUCAACAGUGAAGAGGCCACUCCGGGAAGAGGCAACUCUGGCCUUUUUUCAGGUCUUCCACUGUCCAGUAUCUGUGUUCUUUUGCCCACCUUAAGCUUUUCUUUUUAUUGGCCAGUCUGAAAUAUGGCUUUAUCUUUGCAACUCUGCCUAGAAGGCCAGCAUCCCGGAGUCGCCCCUUUUACUGUUGACGUUGAGACUGAGGUUUUGCAAGUACUAUUCAAUGAGGCUGCCAAUUGAGGACCUGUGAUGCAUCUGUUUCUCAAACUAGACACUAAUGUAUUUGUCCUCUUGCUCAGUUGUGCACCGGGGCCUCCCACUCCUCUUUCUAUUCUGGUUAGGGACAGUUUGCCGUGUUCUGUGAAGGGAGUAGUACACAACAUUGAAAGAGAUAUUCCAUGAAAAAAUCAUCUGUUUCCAGCUACAAUAGUAAUUACAACAUCGUCUAUGCAGUAUUUCUGAUACAUUUGAUGUUAUGAAAAUGGACAGAAAAUGUGCUUUUCUUUUGAUAAGGACAUUUCUAAGUGACCACAAACAUUUAAACUGUAGUGUACAUUUUGUGCCUGUUUUCAUUCUGAUUUAGCCUCUGAUCUUGGGGCUUAGCCUAAAGUGUUCUGAAUGGUUACUUAAAAUGUCUGACAUUUGUUCUUGAAAUUCUUGUUACUUUUUUUUGUGUUUAUUUGCAUUUAUUUUAAACUUAUGUAUACAUAGUAAUGUGAAAUUGUCCUAAAUCUAUAUGAUAUAUUGAACCAUUUUGAAUCGCAAUGCCUAUAGAAUGUUGCGAAUCAUAAUACAUAUUGUUCUGGCACCACAAACAUAGUGUGACUAUAAUACACUUUGGGAUAUUAGAAGAGGCCUUCAAGCUCAUCACAAUCCUGUAACAUGAUUCCAACGUAGAGUUUGUAUAUACUUUAUUUAAUUCACAGACAUUUCUUUAAAAAAUUUACUGUUAACAUUUCGAAAAAAAUAUCAACACACCUACUCCAAUUUUCUAUCGGUUGUGACUUUUUGUAUGUGUAAUUCAUCUCAAUCUGGUUAUCAUUUGCUUUAGAGCUUUUUUCUUAAU